GAAGGCGGGGCAUUGUUAAUAGCCGGCGCAGAGACGCCGAAAGGGCUUUUUGGUCGGUGGCGGCGGCGCGGCGGGGCUCUCCGUGCUGCGGCGGAGCUCAGCGAUGGAUGGGCUGGCGGUGGAGGUCCGCGGCUCUAACGGCGCCUUUUACAAGUUCUUCUAUAUUUGGGGAAUGUUGGAUUUUGAAGGGGGAGAAGUGUUGUAAUGGGUUUGUGAAAGAUGUACACGAAGACUCCAUCACCAUCGCAUUUGAAAAUAACUGGCAACCUGAACAACAGCUUCCCUUCAGUGAUGUGCGCUUGCCCCCACCUGCGGACUUCAACAAAGAGAUCAGCGAAGGAGAUGAGGUCGAGGUAUAUUCAAGAGCUAAUGAACAUGAGCCCUGUGGAUGGUGGCUGGCCAGGGUCCGGAUGAUGAAAGGAGAUUUUUAUGUCAUAGAGUAUGCCGCCUGUGAUGCCACGUACAAUGAAAUAGUCACGAUGGAGAGACUGCGCCCUGUCAAUCCCAACAAGACUGCCACCAAGAACCUGUUCUACAAACACACCAUUCCUGUGCCAGAUGAUCUCAAAGAAGCCUGUGCAAAUGAGAAUGCCCACAAGGAUUUCAAGAAGGCUGUUGGAGCACACUCCAUCGUGUACAAUGCUUCCAGCAACGAGCUGGUCCUGCUGUCCAUAAAUGAGUCGACCGUGAAGCGUGCAGGCUUGCUGAGCGACAUGCACUUCCGCAGUAUUCGUACCAAACUGAUGCUGAUGUCUCGAAAUGAAGAGGCCACUAAACACCUUGAGACCACCAAGCAGCUGGCAGCUGCAUUCCAGGAGGAGUUCAGUGUCCGUGAGGAUUUGAUGGGACUCGCCAUCGGAACACAUGGUGCCAACAUUCAGCAGGCCAGGAAGGUUCCUGGGGUGACUGCAAUUGAACUCGACGAAGACACUUGCACGUUCCGAAUUUAUGGAGAGACACCCGAAGCAGUGAAACAGGCUAGAGGCUAUCUAGAAUUCUCGGAAAAUUCGGUCCAAGUGCCACGCAGCCUGGUUGGCAAAGUUAUAGGUAAGAACGGGAAAGUGAUUCAGGAGAUUGUGGAUAAAUCCGGUGUCGUGAGGGUUCGAAUUGAAGGAGACAAUGAUAAGAAACUGCCCCGGGAGGAGGGAAUGGUUCCAUUCACAUUUGUUGGCACUAAGGAGAAUCUCAUCAAUGCACAAGUACUCCUGGAGUAUCACCUGUCUUAUCUAACGGAGGUGGAGCAGUUGCGUUUGGAGAGACUGCAGAUCGACGAGCAGCUCCGUCAGAUCGGUGUGGGGUACCGGCCACUAUCCAGCCGUGCCGACAAGGAGCGUGGAUAUGCCACAGAUGACAGCACUGCUUCCUCCAUGCAUAGCUCACGCUCUUACAGUGGCCGGGGGAGAGGCCGGCGAGACAACAACUCCGACUUCUCCAAUGCUUCCGAAACGGAAUCAGAGCGUCGGGAUGAGACAAGUGAUUGGUCACUUGGCCAGGUGGAGGAAGACCGGGAACGCCGGCAGGGCUCAGAUACCAACCGCAGGAGGCUAACUGGAGGCCGUGGACGAGGGGGUGCCCCAAACCCGAGGGGUCGCGGUGCAGGGCGAGGGGGCACUUCUUCAAUCAGUGCAGUGCUGAAAGACCCAGACAGCAACCCCUACAGCCUGCUGGAGAACGCAGAAACGGAUCAAACGGGGGACACGGACGCCAGCGACUCCCAUGCUAACACCAGCCGGCGCCGGCGGUCCCGCCGACGGCGCACUGAUGACGAUGCCACGAUGAUGGACGGGGUUUUAGAGUCUGACAGUGCAUCCAUCAAUGAGAAUGGUUUGGAUGAGACUGAGGGGAGACCCCCGCGACGUAACAGAAGCCGGCGACGUCGCAACCGUGGUAGCAGAGUGGACAGUUCACUGAGCCGAGACCGGCAACCAGUUACAGUGGCCGAUUACAUUUCCCGUGCUGAGUCUCAAAGCCGACAACGCAUCUCACAGAAGGAACGAUCAGAGAAAACUCCCCAGCCAGAGUCAUUGGAGAAACAACUGGAGCGAGCAGACCCUGGCGAUGAGUCCAACACUGUCCCCAAUGGCCCUGUCACUAGCUCAAACGGCAGCGCAACCAAGGAGCACGAGCAAGCUGGUCCCACCAUGAAGCAGCAGGCUGUGGUCAACGGUGUUUCGUAAAACGCCGCAGCCUCCAUCCGUGAAUCUCAGUCCCGCUUGCAUCAUGUUUAUUCAAUAGUGCUUGUCAAAGCUUGCCAAAGAUAGAAAUUGAAUACUACUUACUACCCGACUCGACACAUCACUGGCCCGCUCCUUAGCUCCGCACCGGACGGAGGUUUGAGGGGAGGAGUUCUGACGUAUAUGUGUAUCUGUUUUUUGAGAUUUAAUUAAAAAGUUCGAGGAAAUUUAAAAAAUACACACACAAAAAAACACAUUUAAAUAAAGAUGUUGUGCCUUCUGACA